AUGGAGGCUGAAUUAUGCUGGCGGAUGAAGUAUGACCGGGCCGCUGUGACCAUAUACCGGGCCUGGACCAGCCGGCCGAACGUGGCAUACUGGGUGUGGCGGCCAGACAUGACCGGGGUGGGCCGGGGCCUAUAUCAGUGGAUUGAGAGUGACGGCCAUGGCGCGGGUGCUUGGGUGCGAGGCAUAUUACAGCGAGCAGUUGGACAAGGCUGGGGUGCUGGCGCGGUUCAUGGGGCCAGCCCAGUGAUCGCCGCCACCAGCGCGUUGGGCAUGGGGGUGGACAUCCCCAAUAUCCGCAGCAUCAUCCAUAUUGGGACCCCCCGGACAUUACUGGAUUACGCGCAGGAGAGUGGCUGGGCUGGGUGAGAUGGACAGCGCAGUGAGGCAAUCAUUAUCUAGCCAGCUGGGUGGGAUACCCCAGCUCCAUGGAUGGAGGGCGUCGCCCCUGAGGACCAGGAGCGGGUUGCUGAGUAUAUGGGGGUGGUGGAAGGCAUUGGGUGCCGCUGGGU